AUGGCCACCCCGCUCGCGUCGUCCACCGCCCCGCACUGGGCGCGCGGCGCGCCCCCCGCGCAGCCGAGGAGUCCCGCCACCGCGACCUGCGCAAGGUGGCUGGCCGCGGGGGCCUUCGCGAGGCGGUCUCCAUGGCUGCCCCCCGACUGCCCGCGGCCAGCUGGGAUCGCUGUGCGCUCGUUCGCGAACGACGACGCUCGGGAUGUGCAAGUGGAUGCGGACUUCGUGGAGGCGGUGAAUGAGGUGUGCAACAAGACAUUGAAGGCCAUCAUAGACCUGGAUGAGGAGGCAGCCCAGUCUGUGUACGAUGAGCUAGAGGAUAUGAGGAAACUGUUGUUGUCAGAAGAGGAUGCUGAGGCAUCGACCUUUCUCAGAGUGCUUCAGGGGCUACUACAGCACUCAAUAAUUGGAGAUGCUGCCACAUUGCAAGGGCUGUACCUUGACGCUUUCAACAGGCUGGCCAAUUCAAUUCAGGGCAGUGAGUGGAAAAUCGCAGAGGAAGGCAAGUCAGCUGAAGUAAAUGAUGGGAUCCCUAAAUUCUCAACAUGGGAUGAUGUGCUGAAAGGCAAAAGGAGCCAGCAGGACAGCCCUCAAGAUGUUGAGUACUAUGAGGCAUUGGGCUUGCAACCCUCCUCAAGUCAGAAAGACAUAAAGAGUGCAUACAGAAAACUGGCACUGCGAUGGCAUCCUGACGUUAGCAAGGAAGCUGAUGCUGAAAGCAUAUUCAAGAAAAUUAGCCAAGCUUAUGAUGUUUUGUCUGAUGAGACAGCCAGGGCACUGUAUGACAAGUACGGCGCUGAGGGCAUGAAGUCACACAUGGGAGCAUCAGCAGGAACCGGCAACUCAAAGCGCGACUGGGAUGAAUUCAAGCCAUUCAAACGAGAGAACCAUAGGACCAGGGCACGUGCUGCGGCCAGAGAAGCAAGCAGUGGAGAAAAAGAGGUUGUGCGUAGAACGGCUGAGGCGGGUGAUGUUGUGGAGUAUCCUCUUAGCGACUUAGUUAAGGACGAUCUUCAAGAUGGUCGAGAAAAAGGAGUUGGGCUGCUGGUUGGUAGAAACAUUGAUCGUGGGGAUGCUGACAAGCUUCCAGAGGACGUGCUGGACAUGUGUGAAAUCGAACCACUGAGACAAGAAGAACACAACUCCAACAGGUGGAUUCCUGAUGAGCUGGGAUGUUCAGCAUUCUGCCGAUUGGGUGACCUCAGCGUUGUACCUGUAUCGGAAUACGACAGCCGAUUUGACGUCUGGACAAUCGUGGCAGAGCUGUCACCGGGUUGUGGAGGUCCAGAAAUAGUGGAGGAAGUCAUGCUCUGA